AUGGGAGAUACUGUGCAAUUGCCCAGAAAGAGUGAUAGGCCUGGAGAGAAGAAAGAUUCAUCCAGAUGGUUUGAUUUUCAUUCAGAUAUUGGUCAUACAACCGAUGAAUGUGUUGGGCUCAGAAAGGAAGUUGCUUACCUACUGAAGAAAGGUUACCUCAAAGAACUCCUGUUAGAUAGAUCUAAAGUUCCAGGGAAAGAAAGAGAAUCAAAGCAGGGAGGUCCUCCACCUCCAAUUGUCAAAACCAUUUGUUUCAUAUCAGGAGGGUCAGAAGUAUGCGGUUUAACAUACUCAGCAGCAAAGCGGCACGCAAAGGAGAGCAAUAAGGAUCAACCCGACAGAAGGGAGAAAUCCAAGAUAGAUAUUCCCAUCAUGUUUGAAGAAAGCGAUGCAGUAGAAGGCCAUCAUGACGGUCUAGUGAUUUCACUCCCAGUUGGAAAUUGCAUGAUCAAACGAAUCCUUGUUGACAAUGGAAGUUCUGCAAACAUCAUCAUGCUUGAUACUUUGAAACAUAUGAACAUAGACGAAAAGAACAUCAUCAAUAAGUCAACAAUGCUAGUAGGAUUUAGUGGGGAAACCAAGACGACAAGCGGGGAGAUCACAUUAGCUACCUAUGCAAAAGGAGUCAACCUACAAGUCAAAUUCCUAGUGAUCAACACUCUAUCCUCAUACAAUAUGAUCUUAGGCAGACCCUGGAUACAUGAGAUGAAGGCCAUCCCCUCUACGUACCAUCAAGUCAUUAAGUUCCCUACCAGGUGGGGUAUUUAA